GGGAACUGUCAAAAAUUUUGAGUCAUCCAUAUUGGUAUUCAGUGCGGGAGAGAUAAAAAUUGUGCAGUAUUUUUGUGUGUCUAUUUUUGCCAAUAAUCUCGGAAAAAGCUGAAUUUUGCCUCCGUAUGCUGGGAGGAUUGUGCGGAAUAAUCAUUGUGCGAUAGGUUUUAGCUGCAAAGUGCGAUUCCAAUGGUGUGAGACAGCAGUCGGACCCCAUCCGUAUUUUCUGUGCUCUGUUGGUGGAUUUGGUGGCAUUCAUUGUCCCCGUCCCAUCAUCAGCCUUUUGCUUCUUGAGCUGGUGGCUACUGAAAAUCGAAGAACAAGCCGCCACCUCUUCGUUUCGAGCUAAUUUGCCGUAGGAAGCGUAGUGAAAAAAGUAUCCAACAUGUCGGCGGGUCCGUAUAAUUAUUCCUACAUCUUCAAAUACAUCAUCAUCGGAGAUAUGGGUGUAGGCAAAAGUUGCCUAUUGCAUCAGUUUACGGAGAAAAAGUUUAUGGCCAGCUGCCCGCAUACAAUCGGAGUUGAAUUCGGCACUAGAAUCAUCGAGGUAGACAAGCAGAAGAUCAAGCUACAGAUAUGGGACACCGCCGGGCAGGAACGUUUUCGAGCGGUAACUCGGUCGUACUACAGAGGAGCCGCCGGUGCUCUGAUGGUCUAUGAUAUUACCCGGAGGUCUACUUAUAAUCACCUGUCGAGUUGGCUGACCGACACCCGCAAUCUGACUAAUCCAAGUACUGUGAUAUUUUUGAUCGGCAACAAAUCAGAUCUAGAGAGCACCCGCGAGGUGACAUAUGAGGAAGCGAAGAAGUUUGCCGACGAGAACGGGCUUAUGUUUGCCGAAGCCAGUGCAAUGACCGGCCAAAACGUGGAGGAAGCAUUUCUGGAAACGGCCCGUAAGAUUUACCAAAGCAUUCAGGAUGGUCGACUGGACCUGAAUUCGUCCGAAUCGGGUGUACAGCAUAAAGCAGCCCAACCGGGACGAACCUCGCUGAGCAGUGAUGCGCAGAAUAAUAAGGACAACUGUUCGUGUUAAUCGUUCUGGCCCCGCCUAGUGGUGUCUAGUUUGUCCCAAACAAGAGGAAAAUUGUAAACGUUUGGAAAUGGUAUGCGUGGAAACAGAACAGAACGGAACAGUCUUUGGGAGAGAUAUAGGAAGUACCUAUAUUGUUCGAUUCUCUGCUGUAGUAAGCACCAUUGUAGUUUUGCCAAAGUGAGUCCGGAUUGGAAACAAAUCUAUAAUUCUAUCAGUAGCGCGAAAGUUUGUAAUUAAAAAAUUAUAAUAACCGAAAGUCAUGUAAAACGGAGAACAAAUCCUUGUAGUAUAAUUAAGCUGGUAAAGGUUAUUGAACGGUUCCGAAAUGUUUAUUUGUUGUUGAUUUAGUUCGAGUUUUUUGAGCAAUCACUGUUAUUUACAAUGACUUGUAACGAGAAAGAUUUUAUGAUUUCCGAUAAAUAUUUGUUAGAUAUUUUAAUUUCAAUUUGCAGCGCAGCAUGCAAUUCUAACCGUAGUACGUGUAUAAUACAUCCAUAUUAUUACUAAACACCUUAAGGUAACAAUAUUACCGAAAUGUUUAUUAUAAAGCAAAAAGUAUAUGAUUGGACCCAUAAUGUAGCCGAACAAUAAACACAUUUUUGUAGAUAUAUAAUCAAAAUCUCGCAAGAGAGGGUAAUAUCGAUGAAAAUAUAUUUACGGAAAGAACAAUUUAGUGACCCCAUCUCAGAAUUGGAGAUCCUGCUUGUGUUUCUGCUCGAAAAUUUUAUUUAGCACGUUUUAAGUCAAGCUCUGUGCAGAUAUUUUCAAACCAGCCACCUCCAACCAUAAUAUUGGAAGCGUCCAUCAUUUUCUAGUACAAAAUAUAUGUUAAACAAUAUCCGAAUCUACGAUUUUACAUCACCCAAAUUGAAUUCCCUAAAUUUUAAGGUGCGACUUCCCGCAACUAUUCCAUUUUACCUAAAUUGAUUGCAGCGGGAAUCGCCGCAAUCCAAAGCCUACACCGUCGGAAUGAAAACAAAUCUAUGAUAAAGUUUGAUGCAAAUUGUAACUAAAAAUAAAAGAAAACCCUGAUCAAAAAGGUAAUGAAAUUCAUCUAAAGUAUUAACCUAAAUCGAAAGGAAGAAGGCUAAAAAUGCCUUGGACGUGAUGAUAAAAGGCAACAGUGAGCAUGUAAUUUUAGAGGGAAAAGAAAAUAUUAAACGAUAGUCUUGAAUAAAACUACGAAACUGACAUUUAGAUUCUAUCACAUAA